UGGCGGUAUUUUCCGAAUAAGUUUUGUGGUUAAAACUUUUGUCCAGCCGAGUCUUGUUUUCUUAUAAUAUUUGGUGAAAUAUUGUACAAUAAUGGCCAAUGAGGCAGUGCUAAAAUAUUUAGUGGACACAAAUCGCCCAUAUUCGUGUGCAGACGUAACAGUAAACCUCCGUGGUGCUUUUUCGAAAUCCGCUGUUCAGAAGGCGUUAGACUAUCUGAGUGAAAAUGCCAAAAUUCGUUGUAAAUUGUAUGGAAAGCAGAAAGUUUACGCAGCCAUACAGCUGGACAAUGUUAUAGAAGAGGGAGAUACCGUAGACUAUGAUGCUCAAUGCAAGUCAAUAACUGAAGAAUUAUUAGAAAAAACCAACACUCUUAAAACAGCAGAAGCAAACUUAAAGACAAUCUUGACCACUCCCACAACGGAUUCAGCCAAGUCCCAAAUAGAGGAGCUGAAGGGGAGAAUAGAGGGCUUCGACAACAAAUUGAAAGUGUUGAGUACUUCCACUAAUGUUAUUAGUGCUGAGGAAAAGACGGCUAUUAUGAGCCAGCAUGAGAAGUUCUUGAAAGAGUACAGGAGCCGUAAAAGAAUUUCGACCGACAUUAUAGACGCCGUACUGGAGGGCUACCCGAAAUCUAAGAAGAGUUUGCUAGAAGAACUUUGUAUUGAGACCGACGAAAUGGCUAAUAUUAAAUUGAUGAAUUAAAUUUGAAUAGUACUAAGUGUUUAUGUUGAUUUGUGUAAUGUGAGGAUUUACUGUA